AUGAACCACCAAAAAAGGAACCGCAGACGCACGAGGAAGACCCGCCAUGGCCACAGGGACAACUCCCUGUGGUUGUGGGAGAAGCCAGAGACGCCGGAGGAGGAAGCUCGGCGUCUCUGCGCUUAUUCCGGCUACGCCCCUCCGGUACACCCGUUGAGAGGGGAGUAUGCCUGGAGAAGCGAUUGGGGGGCUGACUCCCUCUCCCCGGACGACGAGGAGGUGGUGUAUGGGAGAGUGGGGGUGCUAUGGGGCGUGGACCAGUGGGGUGAUGUCAAGCCCCUCAGCCGGCAGGAGGAGGGGGUCGUCAAGGAGCUCCUACAGGAGAUGCAGAGGACGGAGAGGACGGGCCGUAGGAGAGGAGGCCAGAGGAGGAAGCAGCAGCCCGUGCCUCCUACCAGCCACGGGUUGGAUGCCUGCUACUACCCCGCGGCCUACCCCGCGGCGCCCUGCUUCCCCCGCUGCCCGGGAGCCGCACCUACUCCUCCGCCGGCUCCUGUUCCUCCACCGGCUCCCCUGUCUCCUAUUCCUCCGCCGGCUCCCCCGGCUCCUACUCCUCCGCCGGCUCUCCCGCCGGCUCCGGACCCUCCGCCGGCUCCCCCGGCUCCUGCUCCUCCGCCGGCUCUCCCGCCGGCUCCGGACCCUCCGCCGGCUCCCCCGGCUCCUACUCCUCCGCCGGCUCUCCCGCCGGCUCCGGACCCUCCGCCGGCUCCCCCGGCUCCUGCUCCUCCGCCGGCUCUUCCGCCGGCUCCUGACCCUCCGCCGGUUUCCCCGUCUCCUAUACCUCCACCGGCUCCCCCGGCUCCUGCGGCGCCCUCGCCUGUCCCGGUUUCCCCGUCUCCUACUCCUCCGCCGGCUCCUGUUCCUCCACCGGCUCACCUGUCUCCUAUUCCUCCGCCGGCUCCCCCGGCUCCUACUCCUCCGCCGGCUCUCCCGCCGGCUCCGGACCCUCCGCCGGCUCCCCCGGCUCCGGACCCUCCGCCGGCUCCCCCGGCUCCUACUCCUCCGCCGGCUCUCCCGCCGGCUCCGGACCCUCCGCCGGCUCCCCCGGCUCCUGCUCCUCCACCGGCUCCUAUUCCCCCGCCGGCUCCCCCGUCUCCUAUUCCUCUGCCGGCUCCUAUUCCUCCGCCGGCUCCCCCGGCUCCUACUCCUCCGCCGGCUCUUCCGCCGGCUCCGGACCCACCGCCGGCCCUUCCGCCGGCUCCGGACCCUCCGCCGGCUCCCCCGGCUCCUGCUCCUCCGCCGUCUCCUGCUCCCCCGGCUCCUGCUCCUCCGCCGUCUCCUGCUCCUCCGCCGGCUCUUCCGCCGGCUCCGGACCCUCCGCCGCCUCCCCCGGCUCCUGCUCCUCCGCCGGCUCCUAUUCCCCCGCCGGCUCCCCCGUCUCCUGCUCCUCCGCCGGCUCUUCCGCCGGCUCCUGACCCUCCGCCGGUUUCCCCGUCUCCUAUACCUCCGCCGGCUCCCCCGGCUCCUGCUCCUCCGCCGGCUGUCGACCCUCCGCCGGCUCCCCCGGCUCCUGCUCCUCCGCCGGCUGUCGACCCUCCGCCGGCUCCCCCGGCUCCUGCUCCUCCGCCGGCUGUCGACCCUCCGCCGGCUCCCCCGGCUCCUGCUCCUCCG